AACUAAAGAAAUAUGAGGCAUAUAAUUCAGAUCUGAUGCGACGGAACAACAAUUACCUCAACCGGACAGGGGAAAGGAAUAAUGAAAAAAAGUACCAUGAAGGUAAAACGAAGAAAAUCAGCCGGAAUAGUCGCCGUGGGCUAGACCCCCCACACCUUUCUCUACCUUGCGUGGUGACCCGGUAAGGCUACCUGCAAUCCUGUCUUCACUCGAUUAGCGAACAAUUGUAGUCAUUCGAAGUCAGACCUUAGCCUACUUGCCUACCUCAGUCUUCUCAUAGGAACCACACUCUAGACUACCUAGGCUCUAGAGAACGGCAAUGUGUUAGGAAGCCAUGAUCGGCAAUGUUCAUUAUUCUAGUCCGGGGGAGGACCGAUGACGGUGACCUUCCCACGCGUAGACUUGUAGCUUGCUCCGGGAGGUUGAUGAGUAUAAUAGACGGGCUUACCUCCUCGACCUGACCUCGAGGAGACACAUGACUUAUUACCCCCUUUGUCACCGUUGCCAAUACGCUUUGUUGAGAGAAAUUAGAGUUUGGUCUCGAGAGAUAACACGACUCAUUUGAUCAUAUUAUCGUAUUAUUAUACUCCGUGUCUCUUCCUCGCACACAGACUUAGAAUUAUUUUCACGCUCCUCAUACUUAUCUCGUCAACCUGGUGCGAGAUCCUACCAGAUACCGAAUCCGGCUCAUAUACCAAUCUUUCCUUACUACCAACACACCCCCGCAAUAAUGUCUCAUCUUCCUGCUGAGCCUGAGUUCGAGCAGGCUUACAAAGAGCUUGUGGCGACGCUCGAGAACAGCUCGCUGUUCGAGGAACACCCCGAGUACCGAACCGCACUGAACGUGGUGUCCAUCCCGGAGCGCAUCAUCCAGUUCCGCGUCGUCUGGGAGGACGACAAGGGAAACCUACAGAUCAACCGCGGAUACCGCGUCCAGUUCAACUCCGCGCUCGGCCCGUACAAGGGCGGCUUGCGCUUCCAUCCUACUGUUAACUUGUCUAUCUUGAAAUUCCUUGGCUUUGAACAAAUCUUCAAGAAUGCCUUGACUGGAUUGAACAUGGGUGGUGCCAAGGGAGGCGCCGACUUCGACCCCAAGGGCAAGAGCGACAGCGAGAUCCGACGAUUCUGCGAGGCCUUCAUGCGCAGACUCUGCCAGCACAUCGGCGCCGAGACCGACGUGCCUGCCGGCGACAUUGGUGUCGGCGGCCGAGAAAUCGGCUACAUGUUUGGCGCGUACCGCAAGGAGAGGAACAAGUGGGAGGGCGUCCUCACCGGCAAGGGUCUUGACUGGGGUGGAAGUUUGAUUCGUCCUGAGGCCACCGGCUACGGCCUCGUCUACUACGUCGAGCACAUGAUCGCGCACGCCGGCAAGGGUUCCUUCAAGGGCAAGCGCGUGGCGAUCUCCGGCUCCGGCAACGUGGCGCAGUACACGGCGCUGAAGUGCAUCGAGCUCGGCGCCACCGUCGUCUCCCUCUCCGACUCCACGGGCUGCCUCAUCGCCGAGGGCGACGCCGCCUUCACCCCCGCCCACGUCAACGAGAUCGCCGCCAUCAAGCUCGCCCGCAAGCCCCUCACCCAGUUCAGCAACGCCACCGCCCAGUUCAAGUACAUCCCCGGCGCCCGCCCCUGGGUCCACGUCGGCAAGGUCGACAUCGCGCUGCCGUCCGCGACGCAGAACGAGGUUAGCAAGGAGGAGGCCGAGACGCUCGUGAAGAACGGCGUGCAGUUCGUCGCCGAGGGGUCCAACAUGGGCUGCGAGCAGGCGGCCAUCGACGUCUUCGAGGCCGCGCGCCGCGGGAAGGGGGGCGUGUGGUACGCGCCCGGCAAGGCGUCGAACGCGGGCGGCGUGGCGGUCUCGGGGCUGGAGAUGGCGCAGAACAGCAGCCGCUUCAACUGGACGGCCGAGAGGGUCGACGAGAGGCUCCAGCAGAUCAUGAAGAAUAUCUUCGAGCUGAGCAUCGCGAACGCGGAGAGGUAUGUCAAGGCGGAGGAGGGCGAGCUGCCGAGCUUGGUCGCGGGCGGCAACAUUGCGGGGUUCUUGAAGGUGGUCCAGGCCAUGCAUGAUCAGGGGGAUUGGUGGUGAGGUCUGCCUUGGAUUUUUUUGUGUUGAAGAAUCGCACCGCUUUGGGUAAAAGGGAAAAGGGUACUUGGAUGGGUUGGUGCCUGGGGAGGCUGGAGGUUGGCAGAUGAUGAUGAUGAUGACGAGGAUCAUGGUGACACCUGGAAAAGGGAAAGGGGGGCGAGCGAGGCAGAUUCGUGAUCGGCCUGCUGCUGCUUGCUCGAAAGCCUACCUACCUACUACCUACUCAGGUGGAAGCUGUCGAACCUAGCCGUUAUGUGUAUACCUAGGAGACCCCUGGGAUUCUAUUGGAGGGGAGGGCGUCUGGGG